CUCGAUAAUCAAUGAUGUGAUUUGUUUAGACAUGGCGCUUAUUUUAGGAGUUGGAGCUGGUUUCUUUACGUUAGCAUUGUUGUGGGCCUUCACCUUGUUUGUAUGUGUGUUGUUUGCUAAAGCCCAAGGCGCACUUCAAUAUGCUGGGGUUGCAGCUGUCCUAGUAUCAGGGUUGGUGACUCUGAUCUUGGUAGUGUUACCAAGGGAACCAAAAGUACCAACAGAUGAACAAACAGCCAUUAUAUAUGACUAUACAAUAAUAUACCGGUACCUGUUGAUGUCAGGAUGUCUCUUAUUUCUUCUGAUUGGACUCGGUGCUUACCUCGGUACGCAUGUAAUGGAACCAGUUUACGCAAAGUCGUUACGCAGACUGCGAUGAAGCUGAAGGAAUUUUUAUAAUUUUUUAUGGACAUAUCAAAAAUGUUUGGCUUAGAUUUAAAUUGUAUGGAAUGGAAGUUUGUAGAGUUAGUGCUGAAAAUUUGUGAAAAUGAUGACUGUGUACUAACAUUUGUCAGUUGUUUACAUUAAUUUGCAGAUUUCAUUUUACAUGUAUUCCAUUUAAAUCAGGUUGUGUUUCAUCCAUUACUGCUAUAUUAUUCUGAUCAUGCUAAACAUGAAGUCAACAUAGAAUUUUAUUUAUUUUUAUUAAAAUAGUGCAAACUUA